CUCGAUUUGCGGUCUCCCUGGUGGCCCGUGACCUGGAAGCAAUCUGGGUAAAAUGGCGGCGCCCAGAGAUGAGACCGAGCCGGCCUGGAGUCCGCGGCUUGCCGCAUGAGACAGCUGAGGCUCAGAGAGGUUAAGGCCCUCUCCCGAAGUCACGCCGCAAGUUGGCCUCUAGGCCGGAAUUCGAACCCGCGUCGGUCCGUUUCUCCCAAGAAACCCAGAAUCCUGACAGCCAGCCUCAGAGCUGCUGUGGUCGUCUGACGAGCAGCGGCAUGAGCUGGGCCCAAGCCAUCCUGCUGGCCCGGGGCCUCUCUCGGGGCUGGGGAGGCAUCUGCGGGGCCGCCCUCAUGGGAGCCCCCUUCUCUCAGGUGCCUCUCCGGGUCCCACGGGGCCUCCACUGCAGCGCAGCCGCCCAUAACUCUGACUCGUGGCUGGUCCCGCCCGGGCCUGAGCCCCGGAAGGGACCCACGAAGGCCCUGACCCUCCAUGAGGAGCUGUUCCAGCAGGCACCGGAAGGGGCGCGGGACAAGGCGAACUUCGUGCGCGCGGUGCAGAACUUCGGGCAGCACAAUGUGCACAAGCGGGGCCACGUGGACUUCAUCUACCUGGCCCUGCGCAAGAUGCGGGAGUACGGUGUCGAGAGGGACCUGGCUGUCUACAACCUGCUGCUUGACAUCUUUCCCAAGGAGGUCUUCCGGCCUCGAAGCAUCUUCCAGAGCAUGUUCAUCCACUACCCACGGCAGCAGGAGUGUGGGAUCGCCGUCCUGGAACAGAUGGAGAGCCACGGCGUGAUGCCCAACAAGGAGACUGAGUUCCUACUGAUUCAGAUAUUUGGACGGAAAAGUUACCCCAUGCUCAAGUACGUGCGCAUGAAGCUGUGGUUCUCCCGCUUCAAGAAUAUCAACCCCUUCCCUGUGCCCCGGGACCUGCCCCAGGACCCUCUGGACCUGGCCAAGUUGGGCCUGCGGCACAUGGAGCCCAACCUCAGCGCCACGGUCACCAUUUACCAGAUGCCUUCUUCCAAAGACUCCACAGGUACAGCAGAUCCCACCGAGCCCCACAUUGUAGGAAUCCAGACUCCUGACCAGCAGGCUGCCUUGGCCCACCACAACCCAGCCCGGCCUAUCUUCGUCGAGGGCCCCUUUUCCCUGUGGCUCCGAGACAAAUGUGUCUAUUAUCACAUCCUCAGAGCUGACUUGCUGCCCCCUGAGGAGAGGGAAGUGGAAGAAAUUCCAGAGGAAUGGAAUCUCCACUACCCGAUGCAGCUGGACCUGGAUUACGGGAGGAGCGGCUGGGAUGACUACGAGUUUGACAUCCAUAAAGUGGAGGAAGGCCCUGUCUUCGCCAUAUGCAUGGCGGGUGCCCACGACCAAGCUACACUGGCCAAGUGGAUCCAGGGCUUGCAGGAGACCAACCCAGCCCUGGCCCAGAUCCCCGUGGUCUUCCGCCUGGCGGGGUCCACCGGGGAGCUCCUGGCGUCCUCCUCCGGGCUGGAGGAGCCGCCCCCACCCCCGCCCCCACCAGAGGGCCAGGAAGAAGAGGAGGACAGUCAGCAGCGACAGCAGCAGGGCCAGAGCUGAGCUUGAGCGAUCACCCGCACAAGCUGUGGACUGGUGUGAUAGCGUGAGAUGCCUUUUGA